UCUCAAUUGGAUUUGAACCCAAAUCUUACUAGGUGAGUUGGCUUUAUUUACCAAAGAAAGAUGACUCCUAUUUAAGGAUUCGAUCGUUCCCUCAUCAAGGGCGGCAGCAAUCUAAAUACUAAGCCUUAACACACGUUGUUAUGUUUCAACAAUAUUCUUCUUCUUCUUCAUCCCAACCAACCAAUUACCAUUUCAGGAACUCCAGCUCCAGAGAUGUGAUGAGAGGAUUCGCUUCUCAGCAGCCACCAGCUGCGACGGCGGCGGCCAUUUUCCAGUCGCCGCCUUUUUCUGGGCCGCUCAUUAACCACCAAUCUCUCCCUCCUCCCCACUACUUCUCAUCACCACCUUAUAAUCAGCAGCCGCCACUCCUCCCUCUUCCUGUUUUGGGCCCCCAGACCCGGACUCUUUCUUGCCCGCAGCCCACCACCAAUAAUUCCACCAAAAGGAAGCCCAAGAAAAAACACAACAAAAACCCACGACAAGAAAAUGUCAAGGCGCAAGCCGCCGCCGUAUUGCAGCCAAAACGCCGUCAGGUUCCGCCCGAUGACGGUGACGGCGUUUCUGAUCAUCAUGUCCGAUACGACGUCGUAUCUCCUCAUCCGAGCAGUUUGCCUUUGCCCACUUUUUCAAUGAGGCCACCACCACCAGGAUGCAUAAAUUAAAGUUGUUAGCUGCUCCGUCCCGGCGGCAGCGGCGGUGGUUUCCGAUCCGAUCGUGCAUAAUAAUAAUUUGUAGAAUAUAAUAUGUUUUUAAUUAUCUGCAUAUUAUUAAUGUGUUUGUAGUAAAUCAAAGAUGGAGUUGGAUGACUUCAAUUCGUAUCAGCCGGCCCAAGCCACUGUACCACUAUAUUUUUUCAUUUUGGGAGGAUUGGCUGGUCGGUGCAUCUGUUUUUUUUCCUGCGAAUGGUCGGUGCAUCUGUUUUUUUUUCCUGCAAAUGGUCGGUGCAUAUAUGUUACUCCGUAUUAGUUAAUUAAAUGAUUGUUACAUGAAUUAUACGUUGUCCGAUAGUACUUUUUUCUCGAGCACAAUUUAUGGAUAUGCUGUUUUUCUCAAAGGUCAAAAGAAAGAAU